GCUGAGUCGGACCCCAUCGGAUCUAGGGAUUUGACAGGUAGCUUAAUGUUCCUUUCUGUUUCAUUCUUGGGAUUCUCUAUAUAUUUGUUUGCUCUUUGUUUCAAUUUCCUCACGUCACCAUACUUUACCUUUCUCUUGUUUGUUUUAGUCUAAAGCGGUUAAUAUGGGAAUGUCUAUGAACGUGGUUGUGCUGUCACUGUUCGUCUCGUCUCUUUUGCUUUCUGUCGUGACUGCAUCCGAUGAUGGGCUGGUUAGAAUUGGGCUGAAAAAGAAGAAAUUUGAUCCAAACAACCGACUUGCUUCCCGGCUUGAGUCUGAGGAUCGACAGGCUCUCAUAGCAUCAAUGCAAGAAAAGUAUGGCCUCCAUAAUAAUCUCGGAGACCAUGAGGACACAGAUAUUGUUGCCUUGAAGAACUACAUGGAUGCUCAGUACUACGGUGAGAUUGGUGUAGGAACUCCACCACAAAAGUUCACUGUGAUAUUUGACACUGGCAGCUCAAAUUUGUGGGUGCCAUCAUCUAAGUGCUAUUUUUCGGUUGCAUGCUACUUCCAUUCCAAGUACAAGGCAAGUGAGUCAAAAACAUAUAAGAAGAAUGGGAAACCUGCAUCUAUUCAGUAUGGCACUGGAGCUAUUUCUGGUUUCUUUAGUUAUGACAAUGUCCAAGUUGGUAACUUGGUUGUGGAAGAUCAGGAAUUUAUUGAGACUACUAAGGAGCCAGGUCUUAUAUUUUUGGCGGCCAAGUUUGAUGGGAUUUUAGGACUUGGGUUUAAGGAGAUUUCAGUUGGGAAAGCUGUCCCAGUGUGGUACAACAUGCUCAAACAGGGUCUUAUCAAGGAACCAGUAUUUUCAUUUUGGCUUAACCGCAAUGUAGGGGAAGAAGUGGGUGGUGAAAUUGUGUUUGGUGGGGUUGAUCCGGACCAUUACAAAGGAAAACACACAUAUGUCCCUGUAACACAAAAGGGAUAUUGGCAGUUUGAUAUGGGUGAUGUUCUUAUUGGUGACAAGCCAACUGGAUUUUGUGCUGGCGGCUGUGCGGCAAUUGCAGAUUCUGGAACUUCUUUGCUUGCAGGUCCAACGACUGUGGUAACCAUGAUAAACCAUGCAAUUGGAGCCACUGGAGUAGUUAGUCAGGAGUGCAAGGCAGUGGUUCAACAGUACGGGCAAACCAUCAUCGAUCUACUUUUAGCUGAGACACAACCACAGAAAAUCUGCUCCCAAAUUGGAUUGUGCACUUUUGAUGGAGCUCAUGGCGUUAGCAUGGGCAUUGAGAGUGUGGUGGAAGAGGGCAACGGCAAAUCAUCUGGAGUUCAAUUCAAUGCUAUGUGCCCUGCUUGUGAGAUGGCUGUUGUUUGGAUGCAGAACCAAUUAAAGCAGAAUCAAACUCUAGACGUCAUAUUGAACUACGUCAAUCAGCUAUGUGACCGUAUGCCGAGUCCGAUGGGAGAAUCUGCUGUUGAAUGUGGAAGUCUAUCGUCCAUGCCAACUGUUUCCUUCACUAUCGGUGACAAAGUUUUCGACCUUUCCCCUGAAGAGUAUAUUCUCAAGGUGGGUGAAGGUCCUCAAGCUCAGUGCAUCAGUGGCUUUACUGCUUUGGAUGUUCCUCCUCCUCGUGGACCCCUCUGGAUUUUGGGAGAUGUUUUCAUGGGCCGCUACCACACCGUGUUCGAUUUCGGUAAAGAGAGAGUUGGCUUUGCCGAGGCGGCAUAAAAAUACCUUACCAUGGAAUGGGGCAACUGAGUUUUCUUCAACUGUCCACCCAUUACUGUGUUAGGUAUAACUUUAUAUAAAGAUGGUUGGAGACAUGGAGUCACUGGCUCUCUCAGCCUCCAUUACGUAAAGAUAGUGUUGUGUUGCUUGUAAAUAUUUCCGUCGCUGCUCUGUGAUGUUUAACCAUGGCUGAAAUUUGGAUUUGCUGCUUUGUUUUGUAAUCAGUGGUCAAAGAUACUUAUCAGUUUCCAUA